AUUUGCACAGGAAAUUGAGUGUGUGUGAAGGUUGAGUUAAUAAAUAAAGCUUUAAGUCUUAAGUUUAAACCUCAGAUGCAGAUGGGUUUCAAGUGCGAACGCUCCUAUAUUCAAACGUCCAAACGAUGACUUCGAGUAAUACAAAAUUACGAGUGUGUUUGCUGCAGUUUGCUUCGCAAGAAAAUGUGGCCAAAUCCAUAAUCCACUUGGAAGAAUUGGUUGAGAAAGCUGUUAAAGAACAUCAACCGCAGAUAAUUGCAUUACCCGAAUGCUUUGCCACUGAAUACAAUACUGACGUUCCGUUCCUCGAAAGUGUAGCAGAAACCAUUGAGGAUGGUCAAAUCUGUCGCACUUUCUCCACAUUAUCCCAAAAAUUUGGCGUUUACAUAGUGGGUGGUUCAAUUGUUGAACGAGAUGGUGACAAAAUGUACAAUACAUCGACUGUUUGGAAUUCAAACGGUGAACUGAUUGCACGUCAUCGAAAGGUUCAUUUGUGUAACUGUCAUUAUGACAAUGGAGUUGAAAUUGUUGAAGUGAAUCGAUUUUCGCCCGGAAACGACAUGACCACUUUUGAAGUAAAUGGAAUUAAGUGCGGAGUUGCGAUUUGUUUCGAUGCCUGGUUUGACGAAUUUAUCAAAAUGUACACGAAAUCUAAUUGUGACGUGCUAUUCAUUCCGGCUGCUUACAACGUGUACUGUGGAACAAAAUCUUUUGAGCUCGUUCAUCGUGCCCGUGCGAAUGAAAAUCAACUUUACGUGGCUGCCGUAUCCCCCGCACGUGAUGAGAAACUCAAUUAUGUGAACUAUGGCCAUUCAUUAAUUGUUGAUCCGACCGGAGACAUCCAAGCGAAAGCAGGAAUUGCUGAAGAAAUUUUAUUCUACGAAAUGGAUCUAAACAGUGUCCGUAAGACUCGCAGGGAAACUCAAUUAUUUGCAUCAAGAAGAGUGGACGUUUACAAUAAACUUGAUUGAUUUAAACUGAAAAAAAAGAUAUCGGAAAUAAAUGUGAUGCUAUGACUGGUGACAUGUCGUUUGAAAACGAAUUUUCAACAAAUAAAAGUCAAGAAGCACAUAUAAAUGAAAAAUCAA